UUACAUUAAUUUUACCAUAACCCGAAGUUAGUCCCUUCCAGAGUUGUAAAUUUGCUAUUAGUUAGUGACUGUAAAUGAGAAUAAUGUCUUCUCGUAUGCAAAAUCGACAAUCCAUUAAUCAAACCAAACGUGUGAACCACAUUCAUCUUAAUAUCUACCCCGUCUUGUAGACUAACCUUCACAAAUUUGAAAUUUAUAGUAUAUUUAGUGCGUCCAAGGUACACAUGUUAAUGAUAAUAUUUCCAAAUAAUGUUGCUUUUUCAUUCAUGACUAACUAUUAAUUAUUUUUGUAAAACAUUUCGAAAAUUUUAAUUCAUAAAUCCUAUCCAACAAAUCUAUAAAUACACGACCUUACGUAUUUUAUCUAUUUAAAACUUCUGUAUGUAUAUUAUUAUCAACCUGUUUCAUUUUUACCGUUAAUUUGAUAACUCACAUACUAACUUAGUUUAAAAAAAAAUAUUUAUAACUAUUGACGUUAUUAUUAGUUUAGAAACGUGUCAAAUCUACUUUGCUUUAAACGAAAACUAUGAUGUGAAUUUCCUGAUUUCUUUUUAAUGUAUUUGAAGCCAAUCUCAUACCUUAAUACCUAUUCUAUUAUAAUCAAACUUAAAUAGAUGAGAAAGCAAACUCAAGCAGCGACAGUGGAUUAAUAGGAUAAAAUAAUGCUUCAUCCAAAAAGACCAAACAAUCCUCCCUUAAGUUGCGCAAAUGGCUAGAAAUUUUCAAGUGCGUAUGUUCUAAUAAGAACGUCUAUAUAGUAGUGUGAGGAUAACUCGAGUUAUUGUGAGAGGGUGAAUAAUGAAUCACCAUGUGCACAACAAAUGGUGAUCGUCGGGAUUCAAAUUAAAGACCUCUCAGUCAAAGUAAUCUCUACUAUCAUGUCAAGUAAAAAUUGAUCCAUAUAAUCCGUUAUUAUGAAAUGUUCAAUAAUACAUGUUAUAUCCAUUACUAACAUUCUAGCUUUUGUUUCCUAGUUGACACAAACUAUGGCCCAUUGUUUACAUGCAAAUUAUUCGAGCGGCUUUUCGUGUUAGCAUCACAGGACUUUGUCACUCUAUAGUAAGUAAACCAACCACUUUUAAGAUUAUGCGAUUCUCCCUUCAUACAAUUGGUAAUUUGGUCACAAAAUUUCCGUAGUCAACAAUAAAGGUCAACUGAAAGCACAAGGCAUUUGAUUGGGAGUUGCAUCACUAACGUAGAAAAAGCGCAUCACACGACACCGUUUCAGUCAAGCACUCUUCUCUCUCUCUUCCUUCCCCACACUUUUUUUUUCCUAUUACCAUUCCUCCACCAGCAGCACCAAAAACAGAAACCACAGAGAGCAAGCAGGCAGUAUAGCACAGUACUGUCUCUGCUCCAACACGCUCCUCCUUCCUUCUUCCCCCAUUCUCCACCAAAAAAAUGGCAACGGCUAUUUCCCUACUCCUCCUCCUCCUCCUCGCAGUCGCCACCACCACCGCCGUCGUCCCCGCCGCCGAGAUCCAAGCCUUGACUGCCUUCAAGCUCGCCCUCCACGACCCACUCGGCGCCCUCGACGGCUGGGACCCUUCCACCCCACUCGCCCCCUGCGACUGGCGCGGCGUCACUUGCUCUUCCUCCCGAGUCACCGACCUCCGCCUUCCCCGCCUCCAGCUCGCCGGCCGGCUCGCUCCCCAGCUCGCCGACCUCACCCAGCUCCGCCGCCUCAGCCUCCACUCCAACGGCUUCAACGGCUCCAUCCCUUCCUCCCUCUCCCGCUGCUCGCUCCUUCGCGCCGUUUACCUCCAGUACAACUCUCUCUCCGGCGACCUCCCGGCCUCCCUCCUCACCAACCUCACCAAUCUCCAAAUCUUCACCGUCUCUCACAAUCUCCUCUCCGGGAGAGUAGGAGGGGGGUUCCCGGUUUCGUUGCGGUUUCUUGAUUUGUCCUCCAAUGCGUUCUCAGGCGAGAUUCCGUCGAAUUUUUCGGCCGAUUCGGAGCUGCAGCUGGUGAAUCUGUCGUUUAAUGAGUUCUCCGGUGAGGUGCCGGCGAGUUUCGGGAAGCUGCAGGGGCUGGAGUACUUGUGGCUCGAUUCGAAUCGAUUGUACGGCACUCUCCCGUCGGCGCUUGCGAACUGCUCGUCGCUCAAGCAGCUGAGCGCGGAGGAUAACAAGUUGAGGGGAUUGAUUCCGGCGACGAUCGGCUCGAUUCCGCGGCUGCAAGUGCUCUCCCUGUCGCGGAACGAGCUCUCCGGUUCGAUUCCGUCGUCUAUUUUCUGCAAUGUUGGAGUAGGCGUCGGCGGCAAUUUUUCGGCGGGAGGGCUUCGUUUUGUGGAUUUAGGGUUUAAUGCGCUCACGGGGAUAGCUCAGCCGCCUGAUGGCGGCGGAGGCGGAGGAGGAGAAGGAUGUGGUGGUUCUGUUCUCCGAGUUAUUGACGUUCACGAGAAUCGCAUUAACGGCGUGUUCCCUUCGUGGUUGACCAACAUCACCGCUCUCCAGGUCGUUGACCUUUCUAGAAACUUCUUCGCCGGCGUUCUGCCGGCCGGGAUCGGGAACCUUCUCCGGUUACGCGAGCUCAGGGUUGCUGGCAAUUCAUUCAACGGCAGUCUUCCAAGUGACAUCGCCAAAUGUACCUCUCUACAAGUCCUCGACGUUGGUGAGAAUCGAUUCUCCGGUGAGAUCCCUUCCUUCCUCACGGGUUUACUUGGCUUAACAACACUGUCAAUGGAAGGGAAUCAGUUCUCUGGCUCCGUUCCGGCAGGGUUAAGCAACUUGGUUGAGCUCCAAACGCUCAACUUGAGUGACAAUGCUCUGACUGGUAAUUUCCCGGUGGAGAUACUGAGUAUGGGGAAUUUGAGCGCAUUGAAUCUCGGCGGCAACACAUUCGGCGGGGAGCUUCCUUCCAAAAUAGGGGAGUUGAAGGGAUUGCAGGUUUUGAACUUAAGUGCAUGCGGAUUUUCAGGCAGGAUUCCGGCUGCCGUUGGUGGAUUGUUAAGGCUAACAACUCUUGAUUUAAGCAAGCAGAACUUCUCCGGCGAAUUGCCGAUCGAGCUGUUUGGAUUGCCGAGCUUGGAAGUUGUUUCACUGGAGGGGAACAAACUGUCUGGAAAUGUUCCAGAGGGUUUUAGCAGCUUAGUUGCUCUUCGACAUCUCAAUCUCACCUCCAAUUCCUUCUCGGGCGAGAUUCCGGAGACUUACGGAUUUCUCAGAAGCUUAUCUGUUCUCUCAUUGUCGAACAACAGCAUCUCAGGCGAGAUCCCGGAGGAGCUUGGAAAUUGUACAAGUCUCCAGGUGCUCGAGCUUCGUUCGAAUCGCUUGACCAGUGAAAUCCCAGGUGACAUCUCUCGUUUGUCCCGGCUAAACGUUCUAGAUUUGGGGCAGAAUGGUUUGACAGGGGAGAUCCCAGGGGCGAUAGACAAAUGCUCUUCUUUAUCAUCUCUGCUGCUGGACGGGAAUCACAUUUCAGGCCGAAUUCCAGAGUCAUUAUCUAAGCUAUCCAAUUUGUCCACUCUAGACCUUUCGUCGAACAGCUUGAGUGGCCAAAUCCCAGCCAACAUUUCAUCAAUCCCUAACCUCAAACACCUGAACUUAUCAUCGAACAGCUUACAAGGCGAGAUCCCCGAGCAAUUAGCCUCACGAUUCGAUGACUCGUCGGUGUUCUCCAUGAACGGGAAGUUAUGCGGGAAGCCACUCGACAAACAAUGCCCCAGCGAGAAGAACAAGAAGAGAAGGAAACUAAUUCUGUUCAUAGCAGUAGUCACAGGUGGAAGCAUCCUCCUAGCAAUGUGCUGCUGCGGAUACACUUACAGCCUCCUCCGAUGGCGAAAGAAGUUGAGGGAAAUGGCCGCCGGAAAGAAACGUAGCCCGGCUCGUGGAAGCUCCGAUAGAGGCAGAGGAAGCAAUGGCUCCAACAAUGGAGGUGCAGGGCCGAAGCUGGUAAUGUUCAACAACAAGAUCACAUACGCCGAAACCCUCGAAGCCACGAGGAAUUUCGACGAGGAGAAUGUUCUAAGCAGGGGGAGAUACGGCCUCGUGUUCAAAGCCUCGUAUCAAGACGGAAUGGUGCUCUCCAUCCGCCGCCUCCCCGACGGAAUCGCCGUCGAGGAGAACACUUUCCGUAAAGAAGCAGAGUCUCUGGGCAGAGUGAAGCACCGGAAUUUGACCGUGCUUCGAGGAUACUACGCCGGCCCACCGCCGGAGGUUAAACUCCUCGUCUACGACUACAUGCCGAACGGAAACCUAGCCACUCUACUGCAAGAAGCUUCCCAUCAGGACGGUCACGUCCUCAAUUGGCCAAUGCGGCAUUUGAUUGCUCUAGGGAUCGCUAGAGGGCUGGCAUUUCUACAUUCAUCAACGAUUGUCCACGGCGAUUUGAAGCCGUUGAACGUGCUAUUCGACGCCGAUUUCGAGGCGCACUUGUCCGAAUUCGGGCUCGACAAGCUCGCCGUGGCGUUCCCGGCGGAGGCGUCAUCGUCGGCGGCGGCUGCAGUCGGCACGGUCGGGUACGUGGCGCCGGAGGCAGUCCUGACGGCGGAGGCCACGAAGGAGUCCGACGUGUACAGCUUCGGGAUCGUUCUGCUGGAGAUUCUGACGGGGAAGAAGCCGGUGAUGUUCAGUCAGGAGGAGGAGGAUAUAGUGAAGUGGGUGAAGAAGCAGCUGCAGACGGGUCGGGUUUCGGAGCUUUUGGAGCCCGGGUUGCUGGAGCUUGACCCGGAAUCGUCGGAGUGGGAGGAGGUUCUUUUAGGGGUCAAAGUUGGGCUGCUCUGUACGGCGCCGGACCCGGUGGACCGGCCGUCGAUGACUGACGUGGUGUUCAUGCUGGAAGGGUGCAGGGUUGGUCCGGAGAUGCCGUCCUCAGCCGAUCCGACCUCUCCGGUUGUCUGAUUAAAUUAGUUGAUUAGUGGUACUGAUUGGUGAUUAUGGCCUCUGUUGAUGACGGAAUUCGGGCAUUCUUUUAAUCGAAAUCUCUCCCGCCAUUUCUUUGUGGUUUUUAAUUGUGAGAUUAGAGAAAUUGUGAAUGACUUAAGCGCUCUGUCAUCAUCAUCAUCUUCUUCUUCGUCUUGUUGUUAAUGGGGUGUUCGAAAUUUUAAUUUAAGCAUGAUUAAAUUGUGAUUAUGAUAUGUUUUGUUCGUUUUUUUGAUUCGCUUUGUUCCUGAAUUUGCUCUUGGGUUGACCGGCGAGAUAAGGGCAGGUGUGGAGUCCACUUCCAGAAUCUGGAUAGAGUAGAGAGAGAUUAAUUAGGGGCAAAAGUCAUGAGAAGAGGACAAGACUAUGGACAAACUUUGAAUAGCUGGUCCCUCCCCACGAGUAAUCUUCUAUGGUCAAAUCGUUUUGAGAUGAAUCGUUUAUUAAAGAUUCACAUUUUCGUGGAUGUAAAAUUGUUGAACUGAUCAUAUAGAAUAAGUUGUAAAACAUAGUGACUGAUUCUAUAGUUUGUUAAAAACCAAUGGUAAGUACAAAUCAAGUUGCUGGGCACCCAAAUACAUACCGGUGAUUUGAUGAGAUUAUGCUUUAUUAACCAACACUGGUACUUAUCCAUUUGACUCCUCGACAAAUAAUUUUCUCAACCUGUGUAGACUUAAUAGACACCGCAAUGAGAUAUAAAUUUACAACUAGAAUAUUUAGCCUCUACAACAAAUGAGGUAGCGAGCAAAGUCUCAAAUUCUUGAUACUCUUUUUUCUGAUUUUAUCCACAUCUUAGAUAUAAUUUUGAAUAUCCUAUAACAACCAACCGACGCAUGCUUUCUGCUAUCGGGCAUUUCUGUUUCUUAUAUAUGAAAGUAGUAGUAUUUUGAUAAGUACAUAAACCAUAAGUGAUCGA